UCAGGUCAACAAACCUAAUGUUGUAAUAUUCUUGCUGGAACUCUGCUUGCACAAUCUUUUUAGAAGAAGACAAACAGAAGGAAUUCAAAUAAGGUUCUAAGUGCUGAGGACAGAGUGGAGAGAACACAGGAGACAAGAGAAUAGGGAUUGUAAAAAUCUGAAUCCAAGUUGGCUCCUGAAACUUGGCAAAAGCAUUCCCCAGAUUCUAGACGGGGAGUGUUAAAUCAUGAAAUUACUUACCAUCCUUCUUCUCUGUUCCAGGCUGCUGCCAAGUUUAACCCAGGAUGCAGUCUUCCAGGAAACUGACUGCAAUGAUGGAGAUGUAUUUAAGGCGGUGGAUGCUGCUCUGCAGAACUAUAACAAAAGGAACCAAACCGGCAACCAGUUCCUGUUGUACCGCGUAACUGAGGUCAAUAAGACGGUAGGCCCUCAACUGUUUUAUUCUGUCAAGUAUGAAAUCAAGGAGGGAAACUGUCCCGUGGAAAGUGGCAAAACCUGGCAAGACUGUGAGUACCAGGAGGCGGAAAAUGCGGCCACGGGAGAAUGCUCAGCGACUGUGGGAAAGAGAGAAAAUGAGAAAUUCUCUGUAGCUACCCAGACCUGCCAGAUCACUCCAGCCAAUGGCCCUGUGAUGAUGGCCCAGUACAAUUGCCGUGGGUGUGUGCACCCCAUAUCAACAAAUAACCCGGAUCUGGAUCCUGUUUUGAAACAUGCCAUCGAACAUUUUAAUAACAACACCCAGCAUUCCCAUCUCUUUGCUCUUGGAGAAGUAAAAAGAGCUCAAAGACAGGUGGUGGCCGGGUUGAACUUCGAGAUUACGUACACCAUUUUGCAAACUAAUUGUUCCAAGGAGAAUUUUCUGUUCUUAACUGAAGACUGCAAGACCCUUUCAAAUGGUGAUGCUGGUGAGUGUACAGACCGUGCAUUUGUGAAUAUUCAUCAGAGAAUUGCUUCAUUCCAACAGAAUUGUGAACUUCAUCCAGCGGAGGACGAAUCACAAGUUCCCCUGAGAUGUCUUGGCUGCCCCAAGGAGAUACCUGUGGACAGCCCAGAGCUGGAGGAGGCGCUGACUCAUUCCAUUGAAAAGCUUAAUGCAGAAAACAAUGCAACUUUCUAUUUCACGAUUGAAACUGUUAAAAGAGCUACAUCACAGGUGGUGGCUGGGAUGGCAUAUUCUAUUGAUUUCCUGGCCAAGGAAACUGAAUGUUCUAAGGAAACUAGCAAGGCGUUCUCCAAAAGCUGUGAGCCCAAGAAAAUCGGACAACAGCUAAGCUGCCAUGCUCAAGUUUAUAUGGUACCUUGGGAGAAAAAAAUUGAGUCCACCGUCAACUGUCAACCACUAGGAAUGAUUGCAUUGAUGAAAAGGCCUCCAGGUUUUUCACCUUUCCGAUCAGGAGAUGUGCAGAAAACAGGAAAAGAAACAACUGUAAGUCCACCCUACACUUCCAUGGUACCUGUACAAGAUGAAGAGCAGGAUCCAGAAAAUGAACAAGGACCCACUCAUGGGCAUGACUGGGACCCUGAAAAACAGAUAAAACAUGAGACUGGUCAUGAUCCUAAACAUGAGCAUGACCAAGGCCAUUCACACCAUGGCCUUGGCCAUGGACAUAAAAGAAAGCAUGGCCAUGAUCAUGAACUUAACCAGCAUAAUCUUAAACACCAAAGGGGACAUAGCCUUGGCCAUGAGCAUCAAAUUGGACAUGACCUAGCCAAUGGACAUAGACAUAAGCAUAAACAUGGUCAUGACCAUGGAAAACAUAAACAUAAAGGAAAAAAACAUGGGAAGCACAGUGAUUGGAAAACAGAGCCCUUGGCAAGCUCUUCUGAAGAUAGUACUACAUCUUCACAGACACCAGAAAAGACAGAAGGGCCAGCACCCAUUCCUUCUCUGGCCCAGCCAGAGGUAGCAGUUACCUCUUCUGGCUUUCAGGACUCAGACCUCCUUGAAGCCUGGACGACUAUCAUCCCAACAGCUCCCACAGAGAAUGAUGAUGACUGGAUCCCUGAUAUCCAGAUAGAACCAGAUAGCUUUUCAUUUAAGCUGAUAUCUGAUUUUCCAGAAACAUCCUCCCCUAAAUGUCCUGGACGUCCCUGGAAACCAGUUAAUGGAAAGAAUCCAACCAUGGAAGUGAAAGAAUUGGAUGAUUUCGAUCUCAUUGAUGCUCUUUCUUAACCUAUGCAGCCAUGGGGGUUUCUUUACCCCUUCAUCAGCCCAAAUAUCCUCAUGUGAAAGCGCCAAACAUUAUGAAGUUUUAGAACAGUCUAGAGAGUGAUGAGCCUCUGAGAGAGGACAUCAGUGAUCUCUGUGCCUGUGUGAAACUCUGUACCUGAAUUUUAAAUCCUGAGUCUUUCUCAAUAGCUUCCUAAAGUAGCAGAAGACAGACAAACUAACCUAAUGUCCUCAUGACCUACUGCAGUUAGCCCCUCUGAUAAGGAAUGUGUGUACCUUAAAGUGUACACAUACAGUGAUUCCAAUGGUUCAUGAUUAUACAGCCAUUCCAAUGGUAGCCUCUAGUCCACAGUGUGUGAAAAUAUGGGAAGUCUAAAGACUGCAUGUUGAACUUGGAAAUGGGGUGAAAAUAAUAAGGAAAUCUUUCCAUUAUUGGCUAACUAGAAAGAAAUACAGGUUAGCCAAAAGGAAGGAAAGGGUAAAGUAAAUUACUUGACCUUCUGUUUUCUAGUUAUACAUACUCUCACUUGACCAAGAGUUUCUCCUAAGUCUUUCAUUUCUAUUUGCCCAUUACUCUGGUCCACAGGCUUUCAUAGGUUUCUGUUUAUUUUUUGCUAAGGUUGCAUUGAAUAGUCCUCAAUUUCCAGAAACUCUGCAUUUAAUGAUAAGACUGAUUUU